GACGAAGUACAGUACACACGUCGGAACAUGUUGAUCGUCAAGCCCAUUGGCUACGUGCUGGCGCUGCUCGCGCUGCUGGCCGUGAGCGCCGCCACCAACAACUGCACGUCGUGGUCGGAGCGCUAUCAAACGGACCUCGAGGGCGUCUGCGUGUGCUCGGAAGCCACGUGCGACACCAUCUACAACGGACACCUGUACCUGUCGGGCAACGAGGCGGGCGUGUUCUCCACCUCCAAGGUUGGUGACCGUCUCACCUUCUCGACGGUUGGUUUGGAGACCACGGCUAACGAUGCCGCGGACUUUGUCAUUGACACCACGACCACGUACCAGUCGAUCAUCGGAUUCGGAGGCGCCUUCACGGACGCCUCGGCCAUCAACGUAUACGCGCUAGACUCGGGUCUGCAGGACAUCCUUGUGGACGCGUACUUCGGAGACGACGGCCUGCAAUACACGCUCGGUCGUAUCCCCAUCGGCUCCACGGACUUCUCGCUCACCAUUUACUCGUACAACGACGUUGAGGGGGACCUGGCCAUGGAGAACUUCAGCAUCGAUAUGGACAAGGCCAAGAAGAUCCCCUUCAUCCAGCGCGCGAUGAGCAAGUCUUCCCGCGGUAUGAAGCUGUUCGCGUCUUCGUGGGCACCUCCAGCGUGGAUGACGACGGAGAACACGACCAUCAACUGCGCUGUCAAGGGGUACCCCGGCGGUGAGUACUGGGAGGCUUUGGCGCUGUAUUACUCCAAGUUCGUCUCGGCCUACGAGGCCGAAGGCAUCGACAUUUGGGCCAUGACGACGCAGAACGAACCCACGCAGCAGUUCUCGUUCAAGUACUGGCAGAGUCUGCGUUUCAACGUCACUACGGAGCGCGACUUUAUCAAACGUGACCUGGGCCCCGUGAUGAAGAAGAACCACCCGGACCUGAAGAUCAUCAUGAUGGACGACCAGAAGGACCUGCUUCUGGGCUGGGACGCCACGUUGGUGGACGAGGACUCGGCCCAGUACGUUUCGGGCGCCGGUGUUCACUGGUACAAGGACUUGGACUUCUUGAUCGACACGGCCGGCAACUUCGACGACCUCGAGACCUUCCACAACUCGUACCCGGACCUGUUUAUCCUGGCCACGGAGGCGUGCGAGGGCUACCUGAUCGAUGGCCUUAUGACGGGCGCCGGCCCGACGCUCCAGAACCCGACUUUCGCCUGGCAGCGAGCCCAGAUCUACGCCCGCGACAUCAUCGGCGAUCUCGCUCACUAUGCCUCGGGCUGGACCGACUGGAACCUGGUGCUCAACACCACCGGUGGCCCCACGUGGAUUGACAAUCUGGUUGACUCGCCCAUUCUCAUCGACGAAGAGGGCGGCGCCGAGUUCUACAAGCAGCCGAUGUUCUACGCCAUGGGCCACUUCUCCAAGUUCCUGCCGCCCGACUCGGUUCGCGUGGCUUUGACCACCAGCUCCAGCGCUUCGUCGACUCUCGCCAACGUGGACAGCGUGGCGUUCUUGACCCCGGACAACCAAGUGGUUCUCAUUCUCUCCAACCGCGACAGCUCGGCACACGACAUCACGCUGAGUCUGUCCAGCCAGCAGUUGAGCACCAGUUUCACGCUGGAAGCUCUCUCUAUCAAGACCAUCGUCAUCGGUGAGGUCGAAGGGAACAGCAGCAGCUCUAGCUCCAACUCCAGCGCUAGCUCUGCGACCGAGACGCCGAGUAUAACGACCGCGACCCCGAUCGCCUCCACGGACAGCUCCAGUUCGACUUCGGAGACCCUCGAGCCCACGACUCCGGAUCACAGCUCGUGCUAA